GUCACGCGCAAUUAAACCGUCGUCGUUUCGACUCUUUCUCUCCCUGUCCGCAACUCUCGCUCUUCUCUUCUCGCCUUUUCAUUUUCAUUUGAAAAUCGUAUCACCAGCGAGGGAGAGAAUCGGAAGGUCUCACCGGUAACCAGAACUCAGCAAUGGAAAAUCCGAGAGUUCAAGAGAUACUGGAGAAGCAAGUGCUGACAGUGGCCAAGGCCGUGGAGGAAAAGAUCGAGGAUGAGAUUGCGGCAUUAGAUCGGCUGGAUAUCGAUGAUUUGGAGGCCUUGAGGGAGAGGAGGUUGCUGCAAAUGAAGAAGAUGGCUGAGAAGCGGAGCCGUUGGAUCAGCCUCGGUCAUGGCGAAUACUCCGAGAUCUUCUCCGAGAAGGACUUCUUCUCUAUCGUUAAGGCUAGCGACCGUGUCGUUUGCCAUUUCUAUCGCGAGAACUGGCCCUGCAAGGUGAUGGACAAGCACUUGAGUACAUUGGCAAAGCAACAUAUAGAGACGCGUUUUGUGAAAAUCCAUGCCGAAAAAAGUCCAUUCUUGGCUGAGAGGCUCAAGAUUGUCGUUCUCCCCACCCUUGCCCUCAUAAAGAAUGCUAAAGUGGAUGAUUAUGUGGUGGGAUUUGAUGAGCUUGGCGGGACGGACGAGUUCAGCACAGAGGACCUGGAGGAGAGGUUAGCGAAAGCUCAAGUAAUCUUAUCUGAGGGUGAAUCGUCUCUAAAUCCAUCAAAGUCUUCUUCACAAUCCAGGAGGAGUGUCAGGCAAAGCACUCAAGCAGACUCGGACUCAGACUAACAGAGAAUUUUAUGGAUUCAUCAAUUAUGCUGGGGUAAAAGUGCAGUUUUGUUGCUAUCAUCAUCAUCAUCAUAUAUAUAUAUAUGCCUGUUAUAAUUUGCCAAAAUCAUCUCUCGGAUGUUCUAAUGGUGGGGUAUUUAGCAUCUAGCUGUUCUAUAUAUUUCUCGAGUGGAAUAUUAUAGUUGAAUCACUCAUCAAUGAAAUUUGGAAGAACUUAUUAAUUCCUUCCAUUUGGUCUUUGCUUCUAAUUUCCAGAUUAGGAAUUUUCUCAGCCAUGUAUUUUGAACAGAUGAACUUUGUUAGGAAAUCUACAUUUCUUUCAGAUU